CUCGAAAGCCCUCGACGUCACCGAGCACAACAGCGGACUUGCCGAGAUCAUCGCCGCCCAGACGGCCCUCCGCCGGCUGAUCGCCUGGGAUGAGUAUCGCAAUGAAUUCGUCAUCCUCCGCACCGACUACCUGGCCCUGAUCACGGCGAUGCGCUUGCAAGGAAAUCGAUGCUUCGCCAACGAAUACGACGAGCUGCGCCGCAUCGCUGCCGUCUUCCCGCACGGCGUCGAGUUCCAGCACGUCAAAGCGCACGCCGGUGAUCCGGGCAAUGAAAAGUCCGAAAAGCUGGCGAAGACUCUUGUCGAGAAACUAAGCCAAGAUGGAGUGUUGGAAGAUGCGCAACGAGCACUCGCAGCAUACCGGGAUCGUCAGUUUUAUCAGACCUUUGUGAACAAUUCGUCCGGAACUGAUGAAGCAACCUUCUAUAUCCCAAAUCUUCAACCUGCUCCGCUUGUGCCCGGCAUGAAAUCUAUCAAUAAGACCGAGCCAUCGGAGGAUGUAACAGCUGAUGUGGCGGAUCUUGAAAGGAAUGGUAAAAAAGUGGAGAUUCGCCAGCCCGAUGAUGAAGAUAGUUUUACUACAGUCAAGCAGCGCGUCAACCAGUGGCUCGACGAGGCGCAGGAACCAGAGCAGCAAGAUCAGCAGGAGCCAGCCCAA